UGACAUUCAAUAUGGCGGUAUGUCGUCAGUGCUAUGCUGUGUCGUGGUGAGAAUUGAUAAUUUCAUCGUUUUGUAUUCAUUUGCUUCAAAAUAUACAUGAUUAACUCCGGUCAAAAUUAGUAACCAGUGUGUAGUAUCGUAUGUGAUAUGUUAUUUGCCUUAAUUAAAGUAUUCGACAAUCAGAGCCCUUUCGCACGGCGUUAUAAUUUCCCAGAUCGUACUGCUGGGGCGGCCGAUAUCUACCUAGAUAGCAAUAAUAAAAUGUAGAACAAUAAUUCGCCGCGAUGCUUUGUUGUAAUCUACAUACAUUGUAACUAUUUAGCAUUGAUUUAAAAUCGUUUUUACGUAUUUAUCUUUAUAUUAACCGAAGUCUCUAUUGCAGCUUGUGAAUAUCGGAAUUAUCGAAUAGAAUAGAUAGUAACAAAAUAAUACAUUUACCUACCUCCACCACCAAUUAUUCUAAUGUACUCCAGAGCUCCGACUCAGCAAGCAUUGAAGACAUCUGAGGAUCUAGUGUAACAUUUAUGUAGUUUUAUUUUCAACAAUAGUAGUUUUGGUGAAUAAAUUGUGAUUUUUGCGUUAUAGACUCAAUAGUGUUCCUGUGAACACAAAGACUAAAAAAAAUGUGAUUUUUGAUUUAAAAAAAAAAUUACUGAUACCUAUAAUAGAAAUUUUAACACCACACGAUUUUCUGUGAUAUAUACUUAAUACUGCGAUAUUCUACCUACAUUAAAGAAAAAAAUAAAUCAAGAUACAAUGUCCAGUAAUCCUCAGUGGAAAAUGUUCCAGCCGCCAGAUUCACACCAGUCACCUUUGCAAGACAUACUUGACCUUCAGCAUCCUACCAUGCAAGCUAAACAGGCAUACCGCAAUGGUACUUAUAGCAGCGAGUACCCGAGUUCACCAAGAGAUAAUUUCAAUAGUGUCAAUAAGACAAGUGGAGGUAACCGGUUCCCUAUGAAUAAUUAUAAUAUGGAUGGGUGUCCUAUUGGUGAUUCUGUUGGGGUCUUCUCAUCAGGAUCUAACAACACUGCAUCCCAAUAUGAUUCUGUGAACCAUCCACCUAUUAGAGAGACAGGCAUUAUUGAAAAAUUAUUGCACUCCUAUGGAUUUAUACAAUGCUGUGAAAGGCAAGCUCGAUUGUUCUUUCACUUUAGUCAAUUCACUGGAAACAUUGAACAUCUGAAAAUUGGUGAUCCUGUUGAAUUUGAAAUGACUUAUGAUAGACGUACUGGCAAACCAAUUGCAUCAAAUGUAACCAAGAUUGCACCUGAAGUGGUAUUGAGUGAAGCUCGUGUUACGGGCACUGUUACAACAGAAGUUAAAGGAGAGGGUUCUGGUGACAACACUGGGAGAAUUUCCUACGAGAACCGUGGCGAAUGUUUCUUCUUGCCUUACACUAAGGACGAUGUUGAGGGAAAUGUAACACUACAUACUGGGGACGCUGUUAGUUUUCAAAUUGCAACUAAUCAAAGGGGUACUCUUGGUGCUUGCCAUGUCCGCUUUGAAAAUCCUGUGCACCCAGUAAAAUAUCAUGGUGUUAUAUGUUCUAUGAAAGAAAACUUUGGAUUUAUAGAGAGAGCAGAUGUUGUAAAAGAAAUAUUUUUUCAUUAUUCUGAAGCUAAAACUAAAGAGGAAUUGAUGUUGGGAGAUGAUGUAGAAUUUAUCAUACAAACAAGAAAUGGUAAAGAAGUCGCUUGCAAUAUUACAAAAUUACCAAGUGGUUCUGUGGUGUUUGAGGAUGUAAGUCCUGAGAUUAUGCGUGGACAAGUGCUGAAGCCUUUGGAAAAGGGUACCAUGGUUCGUGUGCCUCAAAAUGAUCCAUUGCCAGGCAGAAUCAGAUAUCGCGCUGCUGACCACUCUGAAGUAGAGGUACCUUUUGGCGAUAAAGACCAGUGUGGCGAGUUCACUUUACGUCACGGUGACUGGGUUCAAUUCCAAGUUGCUACAGAUAGACGGGACCAGUUGAAACGAGCUACAAAUAUUUCUUUGCUUGAUGAAUCUUUCAAUGUCUCUGGAGAGCGAAGGGAGCAAGGCGUGGUGUGUUCGCUGAGAGAUGGUUUUGGUUUCAUUCGCUGUGUUGAUAGAGAACAGAAUAUGUUCUUUCAUUUUGCUGAAGUUCUUCGUUUAGGACACAAACUUAGUGUGGGUGAUGAGGUUGAAUUUACCGUGGAUCCAGUAGCAACUUUCUCUAAUAUGAACACCCGUCAGUCGGCAAUACGUAUUAAGCACCUUCCACCUGGUACUGUUCAAUUUGAGACGCUCAUUGAGCGCGGUGUUCGCGGUGUGGUCACCAAAGAGGCGCAGCUGUUCAACUCAUUAUCCAGUCCCUCUAGAGCUACACCUGGUGAAUUUAAUGGAUUAAUCACAUGCCAAAUUAAUGGGUCGAAGAAAACAAUCUCUUUUAUGGCUAAAAAAUGUGAAUCAAAGAUGUUGCCUCGUGUCGGAGAUAAAGUUAUGUUUGAUAUAUAUCAGGUGAAGCGAACAAAAGCACUGGUUGCUAUGUCAGUGCAAAUUCAGCAUAGUCUGACAAAUGGCAACUCGAGUAACGGAGCGGCAAACUCUCGCGCCAUCAUGCAGGGCUUCAUUGCCGCUCUGAAGGAUGGAUUUGGCUUCAUCGAAACUUCAGAUCAUACUAAAGAAGUCUUCUUUCAUUUUAGUAACUUGGAUGGCAAUCCUGAUGGACUAGAGCUCGGUACUGAAGUGGAGUACAUGCUAGGCAGAAUCAACGGUUCGGGAGGCGGGUGUGCUAGUGCAGAACUUGUUCGUGUCCUGCCUAAGGGUACUAUACACAUCGCAAAACCCCUGGAGCCGACUCUAAACGGUACUGUGACUAGAACACUGCGAGCUCUUAACCCUGAUCAGCCACAAUAUUCUGGAAUGAUACAAGUUGAGGGCGCAGGGACUACGUACGAAUUCGGAAUCAUGGGGCUGGCUUGUAAACGCGAAAUAUUGCAAGUAGGCGACCCGGUCACUUUCCAAGCAGAUAUGGAAGGGCGGGCUACCAAUAUAGUGCCAAUAAGGAAGAAACGCCGUGCUACAGUUGAUGCUAUUAAAGGCGUGUUCGGAUUCUUGUAUCUAGAGUCAGAAGACAAUCGGCGGCUGUUUUUCCACAUGUCUGAGGUUCGCGGCAACGCUUCUGAUCUCCAGCCCGGCGACACAGUCGAAUUUGUUAUGCUCACCAAUCCUAGGAACGGAAAGUCGUCGGCUUGCAACGUCGUCAAAAUCGGGAGUAAGGCGCCUACUAAGGCGAGAACUGAGCGACCAGAGCGGCUCCUGUCGCGACUGCGAACCGCAUCCUUGGAGGAAGCGGCUGGUCCUCGCGUGAUCGUGAUCCGACCACCACGCGGGCCCGACGGCAGUCGCGGCUUUCGUCCCCGACGACCAAUUGCUGAUCUUUUAGCAGAGUGAGACCAGCUGUGUUAGUGAUACCAGGCCUCAACAUUUUAUACCUAUGUAGGUGAAACUGUAACUUUUUUGAUUUUCAAAUUUUUUUUAUUGUAUUCACGUGAGACUGAUUAUUAUCAAUUUCUCUAACCAGCAUUUAGAACCGUUAUUUUAUCUAACCUAGCGCAAACAAUUAUUAAAAAAAAAAUAUAUUUUCUGCUGUUCCAUAAAAUUAAUGUUAUCCACAAACUUUAGGCUUUUAUUGAAACGUAAAUAACAUAUCAAAAUAAUCAAACCAACUUAAGUUGCGAAAGUAUGCACAUUGUUCAAAAUUCCGUUUGUACCAUUCCUGAGCUACGUAUGUUAUUAUGGUCUGCCAAGUUCAAUACGAUUGCCUUCGUGUCGGCACAUAGCAUAUGAAGUGUUGUAGCUAUGUUGAAUAUCAGUAUCGCUUCGCCCAAAGUGAUAUAAAUAUUUGUGUAACGUAGUUGUAAUGGUUAGAAUUGUGGCAGCGUGCCCACUACGCUGCGUACGUUCGCGUCCCGUUUACUGUCGAAUUGUUGUACAUUAUAUGAAAUGUUUGUUACGAUUUUUGUUACGUUUAGUCGAUCUCUUUAUGCGGAACAUACUGUGAUUUAUGAAAAUUAUACGUGUGCAAUAAAAAUGUUUAACAUAUAUAAAUAAAUAUGGUCCGCACAGGACACGGCUAGUCUUAUAAUAAUUAUUUUGUUCAUAAUACUCCCUAACGGUCACUUCAUCUGAUAUGUGUCGCCAGAAUUAAUAAUUGUGACGAUAGCUAAAUUUAUACUUGUAUAGAUGAACAAAAUUGUAUCUUAGCUAUUGUAAAAUAAUCGGAUAUAAAGCAUUUAUAUAAAAACAAUGCGAUGCACUGGGAUGGAACCAAAGACUGAAAAUAUAUUUAUUACAAUAAUGAUAUUGGUUUUAGAUUAUUAUAAUUUACUGUAUGUUGUGAACAUUCAUGUAACCUCAUGUAUUAAUUACGGACGGAAUGUGUAUAGUUUGAUUUUCUUUGAUAUAGUAAUCUCGCCUGUAAAUUAAUAACUAUAUCUGGCUGAUAUGAUUGACCGUUUCAUGAAAUGUUUGUAUUUUAUGAUAUGGCCAGCUAAAACUGAUUACUGGUCGGCACUACUGGCACUAUUGGCUGACUACUGGUUGUAUUUGACCAUUUGUAGAGUUUCUACAAUAUUUGAAUGACUUUCCUAACAUUAGACAAAAAUAGAUAUAAACCUUAGGCAUGUUUAGUAUCUGUUGUUCGUAUUAGUGGUCAAAAAGGUAGUUUAGGUUAGGUUUCGUUUAGUAAAAGCUUAAAAUAUUUUUUUUGUUUUCACAUAAAAUGAUUACAUUCACCAAUGUAUGGAUUUUUACAUCAAUAAUAACGACCUUUCAUUUCACUUUUAUCUUAAAUUGGCACAUCUAAUUGCCUGCCGUUAUGAUGUGUAACAAAAACAAAAAUGUAACUAUUUUGCGAUUUGAUUGCAAACUAGUUUAGACUAUAUCAUGAUAUAGGCAGUGGGUAUUUUGCAUAUCAUGAAAUACACCAAUUUCAUAAAAUGAUCGGCUACAUCAUGAAGUGAUCAAUUCUACGAUCUGGUCAUGACAUAUCUAUAUGUACCGAUAUUCCAUUACAUUCAAUGUUUUUGUAUUUGGUUAACUAAACAAAUAAAUAAAUAAUUUAUAUACUUCACAUUACUUGACCAAUAAAAAAUAAUGGGGAAAUAAAGAAGAAAUGGGAAAAAUUACUGCAAAAUUACUGAAAUUUGACAUUAGUUUAUUAAGUUAAAAUGGGUGUAAAAAAUAGUCCACAUCAGAACGAGGGGUCAUAUGCUAGAUUCAGUUGGUUUAAAAACAAUCCGUUUUUGUCAAAUUGUAAGAAGUAGCUGAAAUAAUUCUGUUUGUUGUGAUAUAUUUUUCGACAUAUAAAAAACUGUCCAAGUUAUGAAUGAAUGUGGUAGUGUGUGAAUAAGGGUACUAUGAUACUCCUUUGACCCCACUUUCCGAGAUGGACAAGUCUGCAGCAACUUUUUCUAUUUUUAUUUAAUUUUCCUGUGCCAUAUGCAUCUAAAGUUAAUAAUGAAGUGAUAACAUGCUUGUUCACAACAAAGUAUAUUAUUUUUAAAAAAAUUAAUUAUAACUUGUGUAAAAUUGGUAGCGAAUGUGAUUUCUAUAUAUCGAUAUUGAAAAAUAAUUUAACACUGAAAUAAAAAAAGCCAACAGCUAAUAGAUUUUUUUUAUACCUAAGUUGGUCUGUCCGUCCUCACAAUUCAAUCCUCUUGCGUUAUUUCAAAAUAUGUACUCCUUGAAUUAUGGCAAGGCGGGCUUUGCUCGAUACAUUUUUACUAUGAACCUAAAUAUAGAAACAUCGUAUCUAUUCAUUGUAAAAUAUUAAUUUAUUAGUCACUGGUAUUAUAUGCUGUUAUUUUAGUGUUAAAUUCUUGUUCAAUUGUUUUGUUUGGGAAAUAUGAUGUGUAAUAUUAUUAUGCUUACUUUAAAAACCCAAAGAAAAGGCGGGAAUUUUGAACAAAUGUUUUAUGCUUAUGUGCUUUAAAAACAACAAGUUGUGUUUGCUGUAACAUAUAUAUGUUCAUGUAACCAUAUUAUAGUAAUAGUAAAAAUAUAAUAAUCUGGUUAAUUGAUGUUGUAGCGUACGAAAGUCCCGGAUCUUCGGGUAUAGGUAUUAUUAUAUUACUAGUCUUAAACAUUUACCCCGGUGACUGUCAGAUUACUACUAUACUGAAAUCUUGGCAGACUAAAAUGAAAUAGAUCUGACAAAGAAAUAUUAGAAUAUUCAUCAUUAAUCAUCUCACACUUUUUUUCUUGUAGUUAUGAAUUUGGCAAACCAAUAACGAAAUGAACUAAAUCAGUGCCUAAAAAAACCUCUGGUUGGAUACCAAAAUGUAAGAAAAAAAUGUUUAAAAGUUAGCCUUUCUGAAUACACAUUUUGAAAUAAUCAUAAGAGUUUAUUUUUAAUUUUCCAUCUGAAUGUAAGAAUUAGACAUAGAUCAAACGCCAAAUGUUUAGAACACCUGUACAGUUCACUCAGACUUGUGAUAAAACAUCAAAAUUUUUGCGAAUGAAUUCCCUUCGAGGUGGAUUGGUGCGGUGAAGGUCGCGGGGCGUAACUUCAUAUUAAUUAUAUUUUUGCAAACGCCUCAUAUAUCUAUCUAUCAGGAUUUUUAAUAAUAGUGGUGUCCAUUUCACUAUGUGUUUAGCGACUGGCGGCUGGGCGGGCCGUGGCUGUCAAUAUAGGAAGGAAAGUAGACGGUUUUGUAUAUUAUUUCUUAUCGCGAAAUAGUUACUCAUAACCGCACCACUCAGGCAGAGCAACUUGUCAUUUAAAUUUAGGCUUUAAGCCGUGUGAUGUAUGAGAUAAUUUUCAAUAAUUAUAUUGAAAAGUGGAGUUUCUCGCGAGCCAUUACUUUAAAAAUCUCGCCUUUGCAUAUUUUAUUAUAUAAUACACAACUUAAAAUCUAAAUAAUGUACUCUUGCUUACUGAGUUGGAACAGUGCGAUAGUCACUAGUGACUGCUUUAAGAGGACACCCUGCUAAGGAUUGUAAUCACUGUCAAUUUUUGUGGCUUUUCAUUAUUUUUAUGUGAAAUAUUGCUUCAAUAUCUAUUCAUUAGUUAUCCUGGGGUCGUAAACAUUGAUCUUUGUUUUUCAAAUGUCAUCAAAUGACUUAACAAUGAUUUCUUGGGUAUUGUUAGUACACUGCAAAUAAUUGUACUAUUACUAUUGAACAGAUUGUUAAGUAAUAUAUUUUUAAUAUAAGUAAUAGUAUACUAUACAUCCAUGUUCCUGUCUCCAUCAGAUCGCACUUCCUUUACCCCAACCCACCACGCUCUGAGGCGCCAUUUCUCUUAUUUCUUAAUCUAAUAUUAUAGUUUGAUAGUUCUAAAAAAAUUCUGGACAAUCAUGAACUAAAAGCGUAAUAAUUUUCAUUGAAAUCUAUUAGAAAAUAAGUUCGUAUUGGUCCUUAUAAUAAAGAUUUCGCUGUGAUAUCGAUUUGAAAUUUUAAUUUUAGACAUAGCUUUAAAGAAAUGGCGAAUUAGAAUUGGCCCAUUGUCUCAAAUUGUAAAUGUGAAGGUUGUGUGUGUAGGAACUCCAUCGACCUUGGUACUCACUAAAACAUGUACAAUCAUCAUUUACUUACCUGAUAGUGAUAUCCAUAGAUCAUACCGUUUUUGUAUGAAAACCACGAAAUUCGACAGGCGAUCGUUUUGUUGCCGUACCAUCAAGGACUUAGGAUUUAUCAACUCCAGUGCUUUGUACUCGCUGCAGUCGCCGGCUUGUAUCGCGAACUCAGCUUGUACACACUUGUUUAAAUGUCAGCGCAGAAGUCGGACUUCUUGUAUGCGGAAAUUUCCCUAUUGGUAUUGUUUGUUCUUGCCCGUAUUCGUUGUAGCAUGCGAUUUUAGAUAAUUUUAUGGCGUGACUAAAUGUACACUGAAGAUUGUCUUCUAUCGGACAGAAAGGCCUGAACCAACAAGGCAAACAUAAAGAGAAAUUGCUUGCAGACAAAUUGUCUCUCAUCUGCGCAGGACAUAAUCGUAUCAAUUUAUUAUUGGGUGCAGAGAUACACCAGCGUUGCCAGCUGUUAUUCCUAAGCUUAUAUCGUUCAUGCAAUAAGAUUAAAUUUAUUAAUAAAUGAUGUGAUUAUACCAUUUAA